CAGUCACUUCGCUUGGCUGUCAUUCCGUAAUAAAACCAUAUAGUUUUUUUUCUGUGCUGCUUGGGAAGAAAUUGUGCUACACUAACUUUUCGCACUACGCUUAAUAUGGCUGACUCCGGUUUGCAGCACAAUGAACUAGAAAAAGAUGGUGAAUCUUGCGAAAGCUGGCCUUUAUUCAAUAGGGGGAUCCCGGAACCCUGUUCUUCAAGCGCUGAAGAAGAAAGAAAUGAACCUAAGCCAAUUGCGCACAAAAGCCGUUCACGUUCUGUUUGCCCAACAGUAAAUAGAGUUUUUUUUUCUCUUGAAAAUCAAUCUGAUAUGAACGCUAACACAUCAUCGAAUAUCGAGCGAUCAUAUAUUCCCAUAUGCGAAACAAGCUCGAACCGUGAAUCCAACUCCGGAAGUGCACCAAAUUCAAGCAAAUCUUCGUCAUGGUCAUUAAGUGUGGAAUUAAAUGGAAGUGUUCCAGAACAGAAAUCUUCCGUAAUUAACUCCAAUGAAACCAUACAUUCUGCGGGACAGGUUGGCGGCAUUCAGAGCUGUAUGACAGAAAGUGGUGGAAGUGUUCCAGAACCGAAAUCUUCCGUAAUUAACUCCAAUGAAACCAUACAUUCUGCGGGACAGGUUGGCGGCAUUCAGAGCUCUAUGACAGAAAGUGAUGGCCAGGGAAGUGUCGAUUCUGAAACAAUCUCUAGCAUCAGAAAAUCUACUUCCCUCAUAGAACUCAAAGACAAUUACAAUGCAAUCAUUGACGAAGUUAAUAAUCAACAACUCACUAACGAGGGCAACAUAUUGCCCACUGAGACAGGUUCUAUUUCCAAUUUUAAAAGCUUGAAAGAAGAACCAAAUGGAUCAAUUGAUGAGAUGGAACUAGAACUACUCUCGACGCAUCCUUCAUCGACCCCAAUAAAUAAAUGUAAUGACAUGGAAGAAGAAUUGCUCCCAUUGCAAUUUUCGUCAUUUCUACCGACACCAUCCGAAGAAUAUAUUCUAAAACCCAAGGCCAGUUUUGUGCCAUUAGCUUCCAGCUCAAAUACAGAGCAUGAAUCAAAAGGAAAUAAUUGUAACACUGAAAAAUGGUUGUCCCAAUUGCGAUAUAGUUCAGAUGAAAAGGAAUCCAAAGACUUGUAUUCCUCUUCUGAUAGUCUCGAUUUAAAUUUCGAUAUCGGUGAUAAUGCCGAGAAUCAACAACCUGGUGGAAAAGUAAAUGCUGCUAAGGAGUUGUUCUCCAAUGGCAUAUUGCAAAAUUCGCAAGUUCUUGAUACAUUAGAACAACUCAAACCGUUUGGAAAAGAUAUAGCAGUUAAGUUUCAGUCCACCAUAACAACUGAAAAUUGUGGACUUCUUAAAGGUCCAUCGCAGUUUCUGAAGAUGCCUUAUUUCAUACCCGUGGAAUCCGAGGCAUACGUGCCUGAAACCUUUCAGGAUCAAAUGACUGAAGAUGAUUUAAAGGACGAACAGUCGCGCAAUGAUUUCAUAAAUCGUCUAAAGGCAACUGUUAGGUGGCGCGAGAACGAAAACAAGACCAAGGAGUCCAAUGCAAAAAUUAUUCGCUGGUCCGAUGGCACCCAGACCUUUCAUGUGGGCAACGAGGUUUUCGAUAUGAUGCAACACCCGGUGACCGUCAACCAGAACCAUUUGUAUGUUCGCCUGGACAGCUGCUACCAGCCUCAGGGUUUGAUCAAGAAUAAGUUGACUGUGCGUCCCAUUUUGGACUCCAGUUUCGGACAGAGUCAUGUCCAGGCCUUGCGUAAUCGAGCCACGAAUAAGCCGCAGUCUGGGUGCGUUAAGGUGAUAACGAACAUGGGCUCGAAUCCCGAGCACGAUCAUAAUCGGCGCAUGAAGGAGGAAUUGUCCAAGCUUCGCCAGGAGGAUCGUGAAAAGAAUCGCGCGUUUAUGAAGAAUCGUCCUCCGAAACGUGACAGGCACUAUCAAGGCUCCGAUCGCAAUGUGGCCAAAAAGCCAGGGGCAUUCGAAGAGGACGAUGCCGAGGGUGCAGGUGGUGAGACAAGCUCUGCAGCUGAAGAUUCGGAUGAAGAAAUGCGCAGCGAGGAAGAUACCGAAAAUCAUAUGGACGAUGGAGCUUCUCGGAGCUCUCCCAAUUCCCAGAAGGAAGGAAGUCAAUUGGAUUCCGAAGACGAACUAGUGAUCGGAGGUGCUAAUCGCAAGCCCAAGCGUUUGGUCUAUUCCGAUUCAGAUUCCGACUAAAUAUUAAAUAGCCUGUAGAUACGAAAUCUCAAUAAACAUAAGGCAUUAGCCAGCCCGCAACAAAGCGUGGAA